CCGCAGUCUCUGGUCAUCUCCUGUACUAUGUCCGCAGUCUCUGGUCAUCUCCUGUACUGUGUCCGCAGUCUCUGGUCAUCCCCUGUACUGUGUCUGCAGUCUCUGGUCAUCUCCUGUACUGUGUCCGCAGUCUCUGGUCAUCUCAUGUACUAUGUCUGCAGUCUCUGGUCAUUUUCUCUACUAUGUCUGCAGUCCAUUGGUUCAGAAUAUUUUUUUUCUGGUUUUUCACCUCUAAAACCUAGGCGUACCUUAUGGUCAGGUGCGUCUUAUUGAGCGAAAAAUACGGUAGUCCAUGUUGUUUGUGAGAAUUUAGUUCCAAUUUAAAAGCAGUACAUAG